AUGAAGAGAGAAGAGGAAAAACAGCAGCUGGAAGACAAAAUCCUGAAGAAACAGAAGAAAAUCAGCAUCGAUGGACAAAGACAAAAGAAUUUGGACAGAGAAACGAUGCCAGGUGAGAGGCAAGAGAGACUCCUAGGACAGAAGGAGAAAGAGCUACAGGUGAAGACCGCAGAAGCGGCGCAGAUGGCGAGGCUCAUCCAGGAAGAAAAGGACGCGAGCGAAAAGCAAGAAUCCGGCAGGAAAGACGUGGAGGUCAGGUUGCAGCGUCUGCAGAAUGAAGUGGAAGACAUGACGAAGGAAAAGGGUGGAAUCCAGCGUGAAGAUAAGGUUGCGUAG